UUGUCUUCCUUUCAUUUUGUCAAUUCGGACCAAGCUAUCGCUGAGAAGGAUCUAGGAAAUGCGGCAUAUAAAUUGAAAAAUUUCGAGGAAGCACACAAACACUAUGAUAAAGCCAUUGAACUCGAUCCUUCUAACAUUACGUUCUAUACUAAUAAAGCAGCCGCCUACUUCGAAGAACAUAAAUAUGAUGACUGCAUUGAAGUUUGUAAGAAAGCUGUUGAAGUUGGACGUGAACAGAGGGCUGAUUUCAAGUUGAUUGCAAAAGCUAUGGCUCGAGCUGGAAAUGCGUGCUCCAAAAAGGAGGAUUUGAAGGAAGCCCUCAACUGGUAUGAGAAGUCUGUGUCCGAGUUUAGGGACCCUGAAGUUGUUAAAAAAGCAAAAGAAUUAGAGAAACAAAUCAAAGAAAGUGAACGACUGGCUUAUAUCAAUCCCGAGUUGGCCCAGCAAGAAAAGAACUUAGGAAAUGAGCUGUUCAAGAAAGGAGAUUACCCUGGUGCCAUGAAACAUUAUAAUGAAGCUGUGAAACGAGAUCCUGAUAAUGCCAUUCUGUACUCUAACCGUGCAGCGUGCUAUACAAAGCUGAUGGAGUUUCAACGAGCGCUUGACGACUGUGAGCAAUGUAUCAAACGAGAUCCGAAAUUCAUAAAGGGAUACAUUCGAAAAGGUGCUGUGUUGACUGCAAUGCGUGAGUGGACUAAGGCAAAACGAGCCUAUGAGGAUGCCCUUGGUGUGGAUCCUUCAAAUGCUGAAGCCCUCGAAGGGCUGCGCAACUGCUUCCGUAGUAACGACGAAGAUCCAGAAAAAGCCAGAGAACGUGCACUUGAAGAUCCUGAGGUUCAAGCUAUUCUUCGUGACCCGGGAAUGCGAUUGUUGCUCGAGCAGAUGAGCCAGGACCCUGGAGCUGUUAGGGAGCAUCUUCAAAACCCUGAAAUAGCGGCGAAACUUAUGAAGCUCCGUGAAGCUGGUAUUAUUCAAAUGAGGUAA